GUCGUGUUUUGCUGUAGGAGGCAGUGCAGGGAAUCUGGAUUUACCUGAAAGUGUGUUUCUCUAAUAACCUUCUUCACCAUGAAGACAUUUUGCUUCAGUUGUGUGUGCAGUGAAAUGCUGUUCUGCAGGAAGCAAACUGAAAGGAAUUAGCUUCAACAUUUUUGUUGGUUUUGUUAUCUGGGUGGAAGAAACAAUCAGGAUGGCUUCUACAAGUAAAAGAAAUUCUGCAGUGAGAAUUCAAAAUACAUUUUGCCCUGAAGGUGGAGUCUGCAAGCACGGAUUCCUCAUCAAAUCACCACCUCUUCAACUUUUCAGCUCACAGAAUUCCUGGAAAAGGCGUCUGUUUGUCCUGUCCAAGUCCAGCGCAGGGAAUUACAUCCUGAAGUAUCUAAAAGGCCAACAUGUGAAAGGCUCCAUAGCUGUUGAUCAAAUCAUAAGUAUUCAAGUUGGCAUAAGUAAUGCUGAAGUAAUGGAAACGGUGAGGAAGAUGUUUAAAUGCCUUCCUGAGCAGGUGAUGUCCAUCAGCACUGGAAGCAGAUGUUACUACCUCGUUGGGGACAGCAGGCAGGAAAUAGAUGACUGGGUCACUCUGAUAUCUUCAGUCUGCAGGGAGGACACAAGAAGUGGAUGCUGCCCUCAGAACCAAGAUCUUCCAAAUCCAGAAGCCAGAAGUCGGACUUCCUCUUUGCCACUGUUUUUGAGUUCUGUAGAUAUGGCCAGCUUUCCAGACAGGCAAAGCUGCCAGAAGGAGAAUGGUUCCUCAGAAGACAAGAACAGGCCUUAUUCAGAUCCUGGCCCCCAUCAGGCUCAGUGUGACUCACCAAGAGGAGUUUGUCCAAGCCUGCAGGAUAAAAUUCUGGGAGGAAGUGAGGAAAACCUGCUGUUGUCAGAUCCAGAGGAAAACAUGCAAAAGGACGAAGAAGAUUAUUACCAAACUCCCAGCAGUGUUUUAGCUAAGUGCACUACUGAAGUAUCAAGGCCUGGCCCUACAGCUGAGCCUGAUGCCCCUGUGCAAGAGACGCCAGAGCAGAACAGCCCAGUGAAGGAGAACAUUUAUAUGUCAAUGAAAUCAAUUAAGCUGCUGGACGAGACAUGCCAGCUCACGUGCAGACGUGAUGGGCUGCCAUCCCCUCCCAAAUACCAGAGCAACAGUGCAUGUCCAAGAGGCCUGGAAGCAGACAAAGGCACAAAAUUCCCAGAAAGCAGCACCAGCCUGCAGCCAUCCCUCCAGAGAAGGCAAAGCUCACUACCCCUCUCAGUGGUUCACUUGUCCAUACUGCUCAGUCAAGUUACAGAUGAGAUGCAGCUGCAGAAAUUGGAUAUUUUCGUACCCCUGGCUGAUAUUAACAAUUACCUGAAACUUACUGAAGCAGCAGGACGAAUAUGUGUCUCACAGUGGGCUGGUCCUCUCAGGCUGGGGUGCUUGUUCAACCACGGAGACCACGUGGUGGCUGUGAAUGAUCUGCAGCCCCAGGGUGUGGAGGAGGCUUACUUCUUCAUCAGCAGGUCCACCAGAAAGGAGGUGAAACUUACUGUAUGUAGGAUUCCACAUUCAGAUACCUUCCAUGCCAAAGGCUGCUCAUGUUCCUGAAAAAAAGAGACCUCAAUGAUUAAACCAAACAUCCUGCAUUCUUCCAUCAUGUUUUCAAUCACUUCCUGAAAAUGGUAAUGCAAGACAAAUACCUUAUGUUUCCAGUUAUGGAUGGACAGAGGAGGUGAGAAAUUGAAAUGCAAAGAAUUCAAUUCAAAUUGAAUUCAAAGAAUUCAAAUUCUUUUUGAAUUUCAUCAAAAAGAAACCCAAAGCCAUGAAGCAAUUUUCUAGAACUUCAUGGAGAAACAUUUCUCCAAAGAGGUGAAUUAGUGAAGAUCCCCCAUGGUGGGAGAAGAGCCACCUGCAUGGGACCUGCUGCUGGAGCAGAUGUUGAGCACUGAAUGCUGCGCCUCUCAGCCAUGGAAGAAUGUUGAUUUUGGACAAAACCAAGAUUUGGUUAGAUAUAGCAUGUACAGAAUGAUUCCAGAAUAUUUUAGAGAACUGGGGGAUUAAUUCUGAACUUUAGUAAACAGUCACCCCAUAAUGUGUUACUCCAUAAUUGAUCAUUAUGUCAGUUUGCACAGUGCUAAAUGCAGAUAAUUAAUGUCACAUAUUGGCUGAUUCAUAACACUUACAGAGACACAAUAUGGAAAUGACAUUGGUACAGUAAAUUCGGGUAGGAUGUGUGAAGUUGUCUGCCCACAUAUGAUAAAUAAAUGUCCUAACACUUUACAACACAUUGUAUGCUGCAAAACGCCUCAUUUUCUCCUAGCACAGCCCCUCCUUGCCCUGCAAAGAUUACCUGUAACUUCCCAUAAUAUGCAGCUGAGUCACU